CUCAUACCUUCACUGCAAGGUCUUACCUGUCAGGUUGAAACUCCAGAGCUGGCUACAAACGGUACUAUAGGACUUAAACCCUGACUGGAAAUUGAAAACUUAACAGCGCCAUGGAGUCUCCAAUGAAGACUUCGCCCGUCAGACCGGGCUACCACAGACUGGAGGUCCAGAAAACGACGUGGGACGUCCCGGAGAGAUACACGGCGCUGAAGUCGAUUGGCUCCGGGGCCUACGGGACAGUUUGUUCUGCCGUAGACCAGAAGACCAAGGAGAAGGUGGCCAUCAAGAAGCUGUAUCGUCCUUUCCAGUCCCUCAUCCACACCAAACGGGCCUACAGGGAACUCAGACUGCUCCGCCACAUACAGCAUGAAAAUGUGAUCUGCCUCCUCAACGUCUUCACACCUGACUUCACACUGGAAAAAUUCCAAACCUUUUAUAUGGUAAUGCCAUUAGUAGCCCAGGAUCUGGGCCACAUCAUGAAGAGGCGGAGAUUAACUGAUCGCAUCAUCACAUACCUGUUCUACCAGCUUCUAAGGGGACUCAAGUAUAUUCAUUCUGCAGGGAUCGUUCAUCGGGAUCUGAAGCCCGGUAACCUUGCUGUGAGUGAGAACUGUGAAUUAAAGAUCCUGGAUUUCGGCCUGGCAAGACAGACAGAAGGUGAAAUGACUGGUUAUGUUGUGACGCGCUGGUACAGAGCACCAGAGGUCAUAUUCAACUGGAUGCACUACAGUCAAACAGGUAAGAAUAUUACCUUCCCUUUAAUACAAAGAGACAGUUUGUUAGAAAUAAUAACAGAAUAUUGCAGUAUGCUACGGCAAAAGUAUUACAUUUUUGUUAUUAAAAUUCUCUCCCUCACAGUGGAUGUGUGGUCAGCUGCCUGUAUCCUGGCUGAGAUGAUUACUGGCCAGGUGCUUUUCCCAGGAGAUGACAGUAUUGAUCAGCUGAAGAGGAUCCUCCAUCUGACAGGAACACCAGACUCCUCCCUGGUCCAGAAGAUGCAGAGUAAAGAUGCACAAUCUUAUGUGAAUGGUCUUCCCCCGCAAAAGAAGAAAAACUUCAAGGAAGUGUUUGCCUCCAUGGAUGGAAAUGCUGUAGCCCUACUGGAGGGGAUGUUACUGCUGGACCCGGAGACACGGCUGACAGUUAAGCAGGGACUGUCGCACCCCUUCCUGGCUGAAUAUCAUGACCCAGAGAGCGAGCCAGACUCUGAGCCGUAUGACGACUCCUUCGAGAACCGGGAUCUCGAUGUCGGGGAGUGGAAGAGUCUUAUCCACAUGGAGAUCAUGACCUUCGACCCCGACAACCCCAGCAAGACAGCCAUGUAGACGCUGUGACGUGCUGGCACCUCCCAAUGUUUGGUUAUAAUACGGACACCAACUGUAAAGGUCAAUACUGUCAAUCUAAGACAAACAUAUACAAAACAACAUCAAAAGUAUUUUUGGUGCAUCUGAUAUGUAUUGCAAUUAAAAUGCAUUUUCCAAACGGCAGCUUUACUUUGUAUGGCGGCCUGUACAGGACAAGGUUUGUUGUUUUGUAAUAUUUAGACACUAAUUUGAAUAGAAAUGGCAUUACCUCAAACUUGAUCAAAACACUGAACCACUGAAUUAUAAAAUGCUGUCUUCUCAUUUCAAAAAGUAUAAAAUAUAUUGACAAAAUAAUCUUAACUCAAGGUCUUGACCAGAGGUGGAAAGUAAUGAAUUACAUUUACUCAUGUUACUGUAAUU